AUGGCAGCCACAACUCAUUUUGAAUUUAAUGCCAACACCGAGGGCCUUGAGGUGACAAAAGCAUUUUUCUCCCAGAUUCGCGGCAAGUCGGUCAUCAUCACUGGCGUGAAUCGUGGGGGAAUCGGGUUCUCGACUGCGCAAGCUCUUGCCGCCCAGUCUCCUGCAAAGUUGAUCAUCGCCGGUCGCAGCCCCUCUAAGAUCCAAGAAUGCAUCGAAGUUCUGAAGGCAGACUCGCCUGACGUGAGCUACCGCGCUCUGCAGAUGGAUCUUUCCAGCCAGAAAUCCGUCCGCACUGCCGCUGCAGAGGUUUUGGCCUGGAAUGACUUGCCUGCCAUGGAUAUUCUUCUUAACAGUGCUGGUGUCAUGGGCGUGCAAGAGCGGACCUUGAGCGAGGACGGAAUCGAACUGCACUUCGCAACCAACCACAUCGGACAUUGGCUCUUCACCUGCCUGAUCAUGCCGAAGAUGAUCGAAGCUUCCAAGCACAAUCCCAAAGGUGCCACCCGAAUUGUGAACGUGAGCUCUGGAUCGCCUGGGAUGUCAAACAUGCGCUGGAGCGACAUGAACUUCGACAGGAUGAACAAGGAGCUUCCGGAAGAAGAACAGCCUAUUGAACAACCCUUCAAGGUAUGGGGCUACAAGGACAUUGGAGAGGCACGUUACAUUCCUUUAGAUGGAUACAAUCGCAGCAAGGUCGCAAAUGUCCUGUUUAGUAUCGGUGCGACGAAGCGGCUUUACGAGAAGCACGGGAUCGUGUCUCUCGCCGUGCACCCCGGAGUUAUCCCCACGGAACUUGGAAGAAACUUCGCCGCUGAGACUCUCGAGGCAAUCAAGAAGAUGAGUGAGAGUGGCGUAUUCACUUAUAAAACUCUUGGCGCAGGAGCCUCGACCAGUCUUGUCGCGGCGCUGGAUCCAAAGCUUGGAAAUGGGGCCAGAGAAACGAAGAAUGGCACAGAGCACUGGGGCGUGUUCCUUGCUGAUUGCCAGAUCAGUGAUUCAACCAGGCCCCUUGCUGUUUCGAGUCAGGAGGCAGAGAAGUUGUGGGAGGUUUCUGAGAAGCUGGUUGGGCAGAGCUUUGCUUGGUGA